UCACACUUCAGUUGAUCUGUAAGGUGCAGGAGAGCAAGUUUAUAAACAAGACUUGGGUGGUCUCUGGAGGUCUUCUAGUCGGAUUGUCUUCCGUGUUUUGGGACUAUUUCGAUUAGAGAAAAAGGAAUUGAAGAAGGAAGAAAGGAAGAGAGAUACGGGAUAAAACGGGUGACAAGAGGCACACAGAAGGAUUUCGUCUUCAGCGGGAGUGCAAGAUUAGGAUUAUUGUUAUUAUUUCAUCGCAACCUGGAGGCAAUUUUUUCCCGUGUUCACCCCACGCCCUUUCGAAGCAGAGGAAGAACACCAUGUGAUUUCAUUUCAGAAGGGAGAUGGACAAAUAGAAAGAGAAAAGAAGACAGAGAAAGAACGACUGAACACCACUCGUCCCUCUUUUCUCCGCAUCUAUCUAUCAUUCAUCUUCGCUUUUCAACCCCUUCCGCCAUCGCAACUGCAAGAGAGGCACCAUGAUUGAAAAGCGAGCGAGAAAACUGGAAAGAAAACACAGCAAAGUCUUGAACGAUGUGGCUGGCGGAGACUCAUCCUCAGAGGGGUGCGGGCGCCUGGGUGUGGGCCUGGAGGAGGAGGGCGAGAUGGCGGCAGCGCCCUUCAAGCAGGUGGUCGUCGGGAUCUGCGCCAUGGAGAAGAAGUCUGGGUCCAAGCCCAUGAAGGAGAUCCUGACGCGGCUGGAGGAGUUUGAGUACCUCAGGCCCGUUAUCUUCCCCGAGGAGGUCAUACUCAAGGAACCUGUAGAAAAAUGGCCAGUAUGUGACUGCCUCAUCAGCUUUCACUCAAAGGGCUUCCCACUAGAGAAAGCCCAGGCAUAUACAGAGCUACGUAAGCCAUAUAUCAUUAAUAAUCUUGAUAUGCAGUAUGACCUCCAGGACAGAAGAGCUGUUUAUAGCACAUUACAAAGAGAGGGGAUUGAACUACCAAGAUUUGCCAUUCUUGACAGAGAUUCCAAAGAUCCUUCUAAACGGGAACUGAUUGAAGGUGAGGAUCACGUGGAGGUGAAUGGAGUGGUCUUCAACAAACCAUUUGUAGAGAAGCCUGUCUCUGCUGAAGAUCACAAUAUAUACAUCUACUAUCCUACUUCAGCAGGAGGAGGGUCCCAGAGGCUGUUCAGAAAGAUUGGGUCCAGGAGCAGUGUUUAUUCUCCAGAAAGCAGAGUUAGAAAAACUGGGUCCUAUAUAUAUGAAGAUUUUAUGCCCACUGAUGGGACAGAUGUAAAGGUAUACACAGUAGGACCUGAUUAUGCUCACGCAGAGGCACGGAAAUCGCCAGCACUGGAUGGAAAAGUUGAAAGAGACAGUGAAGGGAAGGAAGUUAGAUACCCUGUGAUAUUAUCCAAUGCAGAAAAAUUAAUUGCAAGAAAAGUGUGUAUUGCAUUUAAACAGACAGUGUGUGGGUUUGAUUUAUUAAGAGCAAAUGGAAAGUCGUAUGUAUGUGAUGUAAAUGGGUUUAGCUUUGUCAAGAACUCCAGCAAAUACUAUGAUGAUUGUGCAAAGAUCCUUGGCAACAUGAUAUUACGUGAACUAGCACCAACAUUCCACAUCCCUUGGGCAAUUCCCUUCCAGCUAGAUGACCCUCCUAUUGUACCAACAACCUUUGGGAAGAUGAUGGAACUGCGAUGUGUGGUUGCUGUUAUCAGACACGGUGACAGAACGCCCAAACAGAAGAUGAAGAUGGAAGUGAGACAUCCCAAAUUCUUUGAGCUCUUUGCCAAGUAUGAUGGUUAUAAAGAUGGUCAUGUCAAGCUGAAAAAGCCCAAACAGCUGCAAGAAGUGCUGGACAUCGCGCGGGGGUUGCUGGCAGAGAUCGAGCAGAACCGUGCAGACCCAGAGACAGAAGAGAAGAAGGGGAAGCUGGAGCAGUUGAAGAGUGUCUUGGAAAUGUAUGGCCACUUCUCGGGUAUCAAUCGCAAAGUUCAGUUGAAAUACCAACCAAGAGGAUGGAAAAGACGUUCAAGCAGUGAAGAAGGUGACUCUCCUCGUGAACCCUCUCUUGUGUUGAUCCUGAAGUGGGGCGGAGAACUGACUCCAGCAGGGCGUAUCCAAGCAGAGGAGCUGGGUCGUAUUUUCCGCUGUAUGUACCCAGGAGGCCAAGAACGAUCUGAGUGGAUUGAAGAAUCUUUGGCUGGAUGUGAGUAUGCUGGUACACAGGGUCUGGGCCUCCUACGCCUCCAUUCAACCUACCGCCAUGACCUUAAGAUCUACGCCAGCGAUGAGGGGCGGGUCCAGAUGACAGCAGCAGCUUUUGCUAAGGGACUUUUGGCACUGGAAGGGGAGCUCACACCAAUACUCGUGCAGAUGGUCAAGAGUGCCAACACCAAUGGGCUCCUGGACAAUGAUUGUGACUCGUACAAACACCAGAACAUGGUGAAGAACCGUCUCCAUGAGGCCAUGCAGCAGGACCACGACCUCACACAAGAAGACAUGGAGAAGCUCAAUCCUACUAACUCCAGGUCCAUCUCGACAGCACUUGAGUUCAUCCAGAACCCAGUCAGGAUGUGUGAACAUGUUUAUGGACUCAUCAAGAAGCUCAAUGAAAGGAUUAAGAUUAGAAAGGAAGAUCAAAAGACAAAGGACUUGCCCCUGUACCAUGGUGAAUCUUGGGAAUUGAUGCAGCGCAGAUGGGCCAAGCUUGAGAAGGAUUUCAGAACCAAGAACCGGAAUUUUGACAUUUCCAAGAUCCCUGACAUUUACGACUGCAUCAAAUAUGACCUCCAGCACAAUCACCAUACACUGCAGUUUGAGUAUGCAGAAGAGCUUUACAAAUGUGCAAAAUACUUGGCUGAUGUUGUGAUUCCUCAGGAAUAUGGCAUGACCCAACAAGAGAAACUAGCCAUCGGUCAAGGCAUUUGCACUCCUCUUUUGAAAAAGAUCCGAGCUGACUUACAAAGGAAUGUUGGAGAAGAGGAGAGUGAGGAGAAUCAAGGGGAAAGCAUCAACCGGUUAAAUCCAAUAUAUUCCCAUGGGGUCAGCAGUCCAGGACGCCAUGUUCGCACAAGGCUUUACUUCACCAGCGAGAGCCACAUCCACUCACUUUUGACCGUUCUUAGAUUUGGAGGAUUAAUAGAUACCAUGAAAGACGAACAAUGGCACCGUGCUAUGGACUAUGUAGGUGCUGUAUCAGAGCUGAAUUACCUCAGCCAGAUUGUCAUAAUGCUGUAUGAAGACCCAACCAAGGACCCAACUUCAGGUGACAGAGAUGACUCACAAGUGAUGGGGGAGAGGUUCCACGUUGAGCUACACUUCAGUCCAGGUGUCAACUGCUGUGUUCACAAGAACCUGCCUCCAGGACCUGGCUUUCGACCCAAGAGCAGGAAUGAGCCCCCUCUGUCCCCCAAAGCUGAGGCAGAAAUGAGGCGAGCAAGAGCCACCUCACGCAUUGAAGAGGAGGGCGACCUCCAGUACAUCCUUGAGGAGAUGGGAGAACGUGAUGCAGAAAAAGAAGAGGACAAGGAUGGGGAGAAGAAGGAAAGGGUCCAUUUCCGCCCAAGGGGAAGCGUGAGUAUUACAACAGGAGGCUACGAGCAGGUCCCCCAGUCUUCAUCACUGUCUCUCGACACGGAUCAAAGGAGUAAGGACCUCUUGACUCCACCGACAAAGGUGUUUCCAGAUAAAUACGUUGAGUUUCCUGAUGGUGUGAUGCAGCCAGGAGGUGUAGACACAACUGAUGGAGACAUAACCAUGCCCAACAAGUCUGAGCCAAUACCCAUAUCCAUGAGGUCCCAUUCCGACUGUGGGCUGGUGCCUGUGGAACUGCGAAGACCCUAUCCAAUUUUACGACAUUGAAGGCCUUGGAGGUGUUCCUUCCAUCCGACCCCUGGAGACCCUCCACAACGCUCUCUCCCUGCGACAACUGGACACGUUCCUGGAGCGCAUGGCCUUGGCGCAGUUCCGCACACCCCUCUCCUCCCCCCCAAAGAUGCCAUCAACACCCAAGCACCCCCGCUCGCAGCCUCCACCUCUAGGGUUACAGUCCCCUUCUUCCAGUAUUGGCUGGUCUGGACCCCCCUCCUUCGUGUCGUCUUCUGGCCCCUCCUCCCCCAACCUCACCACACUGGAGUUCUUCUCACAUGUGCACCAACGCUACGACACCUACAUGCCACCAUCUUCACCCAUGUACCUCAUUUCUCUACCCUCUCACACCACAACUUCAGACACGAUUGUCAACACCACCACAGCUGUAGAACACUCUCUCCAUUCCUGUCUCACUACAAACACCAAAUCCUCAGUCGCUGCCACCAUGACAUCUGUUGCCACACUGCCUACCACAGCCAAGGAGAGUGUACUGGCUGCUUCUCACACUGACAUGACUGCUGUUUCUGCUGCUGCUGCUGCUUCUGUGCCUGUAAAUGAUCUAACCAACUGUGUAUUCCCUGGUUACAAUCAUCAAGAGGUGUUCUUAGCCUCCGCUCCACAUGGCAAUGCAGUUGAGUGCAGUAACAGUGAAGUGGAGAUGUUCACCUCAGGAGAAGGAAGUAGUAGUCCUACCUCACCGUCCGAGGGCUCGGAGAGCUUAGGAUCACACUCGCAGACAGAGGUGGCAUCUGUCAUUGAGCGUGGUGACACUGCUACACCAGAUACCCAUAGUGAUGCCCAAGACCCAGAUAAUUCAUGCAGUGAAAGUCAGCCAGAUGCAGAUGAAAGAGGUCUGCCCAGUGCUCAAGAGAAACCUGCCACCUCUGACUAAAUGAAUGUGAACAAAGCUCUUUGAGCAUAGAUUGUCUGUGACUUAGUUCCCAAGGGUUACAGCAUCCAAAUAGUAUAAAUAAUGUGCAGGUUCCCAUAUCGCUAAUUGAUUACACUAAUGCUACUUAAGCAAUAGUUUAACAGUAAUUAAUUUGUACUGAGUUUUGAAAGUAUGUAAAAGUAAGAUAUAUGGAUGUGAAUUUCUUUAUAUAAUUGUUUUUUGUUUGUUUUUUUGUAUGUUAAGUCAACCAGAUUAGGCAUUGUUUGAUAAAAGUGCUUUUUAUUAUUUUUUCAGUUCCUUAUGGAAAAACAAAAAUUGAAGCUGUGGCUAUUGAUUGCACCUGUUUCCAACAUUUAUAUGAAACUAAGAAAAGCAACCUUAUAGCACUGUAAUGCAUACCUGAUUUAUCAAAGUUUAAUCUAGCCUGACAUUUGAUCAUUUCAUCUCCAUAUUACACCAUCAGGUUAACUUACCUGUGGUAAUUAAUUCUGAUAAGGAUUGUCCUCACCUGUUUGACUCGAACUUACCUGACUUCACCAGACCCAGCUGAAUGUGAAGUAGCCUACCUGAUUUACUUUAUCCCAGCCAGAGGAAGCCAGGCCUGCCCAAGUCUGACUUAACCUAACCAAACCCAAGCUAACCCAUACCAACCAAACUUAUCCCCUAUCUAACUUAACCUAAACAUAACUUCAAAUUCAGAUCCCCAAGAUUAUAUUAGCUGAUUCAGUAAUUUGAUAGAAAUUUGAGGCUAAC